CAGAAGAGUAUGCACGUACUGUAUGCGCACAACCCAAUUUUUGUAACCUCAUGUACAUUGCAGGUCGCAAAUGCGCACUGAAUUUGUUUAGAACUAAUCAGUUGUUCCACAAGAUGGCAACACUGGCCGCUAUUUCACAGUAGAAAAUUAAACUAAAGAUAAAUUAAAAAAAGCAAAUAGCGGACACUGCAACAACAACAACAAACACCUGCACUGAGAAGCGCAUGUGUAAGGGGUUAGGAGAUAGCAGCAUCUUGAGUUUAAAAGAGUACAAAUAUAUUUUUAUCGGUCAUAAUAACUUUUGGAGAAAAGGAGCGCAGACACUGGACUUGGAGAUUAAUCUAUGCAUAUGGCAUACAUAGCAUAUGCUAACACACACAUACAAAAACGAAGCAUAUACUUUGGGCUUAAGAGUUUAUUUUUAGCUCAACUGAUAUCAUGAGCCGGGCAAGAGUUAGAAUAUUGAUGAGUUAGUUCACACCUGAAUGAAAAUUCUGUCAUCAUUUACAAACCCUCAUGUUCCAAAACAUUCUGUGGAACAUAUAAGAAAAUAUCAGAAAGUAUUUUUGUCCAUACAAUAGAAGUCAGUGAUUUGUUAAUUCAUCACUGAUUAACCAAAACUGUUUGGUUACCAACAUUCUUCAAAAGAUCUUCUUGUGUGUUCCACAGGAAAAAAAGUUUUGGAGCUACAUAAAGGUGAGGAAAUUCUGACAGAAUUCUCAUGUUUGGGUAAACUAUGCCUGUGUUCCAUUGGACCAUGUGCUUGUACUUGCAUAGACUGUUUCUGACCACACUGAGUUUGCAAGAGGAAGAGUUUUUCAAGAAAUGGUGACCACUGAAACAAUCUUAAAAAAGUGUUCUUGUGCUUCGACGUGCCUAAAGAAGUUUUGCUUGGAAUAUACAGUAUAUAGGGCAGGCUGAAGCUUUCAGAAUCUGCAGACACUAACUAUGUGUUAAUUUUCCUUUUCUGUAGAGCCUCUGGUAUCACACAGCAAUGUACCAUUUCCUGCAGAACACAAUAAGUCACACUUAUUUUUACAGGCCCUCAUAUAAACUAUGCCUGUUAUACUUAGCAGAAACUUAAAACUGGACCCUCUAUCAUUGCAUUUUCGAAUAUAAAAUAUUUUAGUUAAUGUGAUUUGUGCUUUCAGCUACUAAUACUCUUAGCUCUGUUAAACAUUUACCGUUGUUAACCCAUUUUAAUGAUUUCAAACAGAUUCGCUCUGCGUGUCUUGGCUUUGCAUAUCAAAAAUGACUACUCACCUUGCAUACAACAUCAGAGAUCUGUCAACUUAAUGUUAAAAGGGAAGGUUUUAAAAUUGCAAUACUUUUACAAUUUCUUAUUUAGUGGGAAGGGUUCUGAUAUGAUAACAGUAGCCAGUAAUCGUUGAUUAAACGUAUAGUUGUAUUAUAUGUGCCACAUGAUAUAUCCAAUCAAACAAAACUGAACAAAAGUUAGUUUACAUUCCAGAACCACAGCAUUUUUGGCUGCUAUUUGGCGUUUGCCAUUCAUAUCAAAGUUUUACAUUUUUCAUAGUUCAUUAAAAAAUAAUAAUACCAAUUUUAAAAUAGCAUGCAGCUAAUUCCCUUUAAAGACUGGAACAUUAAGUUACACAGCCGUCUUCCUUCUCCGCCUGUACAAUGCUGUAAUAUAGCUUCCACUUUCCAUAGAAGGCCAACUCUUUGCAUGAGCUACAGAAAAAUAAAACGCUGCCAUGUACAAUAAACACAGCUUACAAGUUUUCAUAUACCAGGAGUUUGUAGCCUGAUAAGUACUGUCAGCUUGUAAAUAGGGACUUCAUGUUUGUUUCCAUGUCUGUCCUCUGGUUUAUGUCUUAAAUUUAUUCUCUUAACCUCAUUACCCAUUUUUAACUUUAUAUCAGCACUUACAGAGAGACAGUUUGUAUGCUUACUCAAUCCUCAACUGGUUAAGAUGCAUUUAUGUGUUUGAGGAUGUAAUCUGGUUGGUGAUUUACCAGAGCAUGUGGGAUAUCAGCAUAUGACAUCAUAAAAAUCCUAAUAUUUUCUCACAGUGUGAAAUAUAGGGAUUAGAGAAAAUGCAUACGUGGCAAGAUUUAUUUAUUUAUUUAUUUGAAUUAUUAAUAUAGCAUUGCUUUAGUCAGACACUAAUUACAGUUGCAAUAACAGCCUUGUGUAACAUAUAGUCAGUUAUUGGUAUUAAUGGGUCAGAUUUAAGACACUAUCUGGCUAAUCACCUUAAAACACAGCUGUUUUCUAUCAUUACUGCAAUAAAUCGUUUGGCCGAAAGAAAUUACAAGCAAAUUUCACUGUAGCAAAAUUCUCAUGUUUAUCAAAUCGCUGUUAAAUAACAUGAAAACAGCACAGAAUUGUCCAUCUGUUUAUUGAUUAGUAAAAACCAUUUAGUAUACUGAUUGUAUCCCGUACAAAACAGACUAUUCAAAAACAAAUGAACGUCACUGAGGUUGUUUUUCUUUGCUGGUUGGAUCUCUACCUAUUUUUUCCAUGCAUUUCGUCUUUAUAUCGAACACUGAAACUGCACACUAUUGUUUCGACAAUGGACUGAAAGUUAAUCUGUGGAGUAGCUAAGAUUUCUCUGUUAACAUUUCAUCUUAAACAUUACAUUUUGUCUUACUGCAUAUUGUUGUUCACAAGUUAAAUGUACAGUGUACAAAAGAAUGUUAUGGGGUGGGACAUUGUACAUUAUUGUAAUUAUUUGUGUUCUUUUUAUUUGUAUCAUAAAUGCCCUGUACAGUGUUAUUUUUUCGUUUAGUUGGUUUUUUUUUUUUUUUCAGUUGAAAUUAUUUUGUAUUUUAUUUUUAUAAACUUGCUAUGAAUAAAAUUUUCAUGCAGCAUGCCAAUCAUGAAAAGUCUGUAUAUGUGUCGGACUUUUGUUUUGAAGAUGUGAAGUAAAGCGUUACUAUAGCGCGUCGUUUUGUCUUAUUGAUACUAGUGUCACAGUUUGAAACAGUUACCAUAGAAACCGUUCUUAGCGUAAAGUCUCUAAACAUCCGCGACUACCAACAUGUUGGACUUGACAGUGAAUUUAAGCUCUCUCGGGUUUGAGGCUGGUCUCAGUGAAGAUGAGAAAGAACUGGUAUUUCUGCGCAGUCGGUCCGCUGGCUUGACUGUCGGUGGAUGUGCGCAUGCUGUAUUUGCAUAUAAACUUCUCCGUGUAUUAAGAAAGAAAGUGAACGCUGAGAAUGGCUGCGCCGCUGAAGCGCAUCUGUGUGUUGGAGUAGUGGGAGGAGGACUCGUGGGCAAACAGCUGGCGACGGCUUUACUGCGUGCAGCCAGCCUCAAGCCUCGCCACAUCAACAUCUCAACCAGAAGACCUGAAACUUUAGGAGAAUAUUCAAACAUGGGUGUUGAGUGUUACUUUGACAACAUUCGACUGGCUAAAUGGGCAGACAUGCUCUUCCUGUGUGUCUUGCCCUCUCAACUAGCUCAAGUCUGCACAGACAUUGGCUGUCAUCUGUCUUCAGGCUGUCUGGUGUACAGCUUCACCUCAGCAGUGCCACUCAACAGGCUUGCUGUGCUCCUUGACCAUAGUUCUGUUAUCAAACCCCAGUAUGAGUUUGUGGCUUGUAAUGAUGUCAAUAGAAUUUGGCUUCUCCACAAUCAGGUGACCGCAGCUUUACAGGAUGAAGAAGUGAUUUCAGCUUCAGGUCCUCUUUCAAUGAAUGGUGGCCUCUUCCUGGAUCAGAGAUGGGUAUCUGCUGUGCUCUACAGUCUCCUCAACAUGUGCACGGCUCAGAAGCUGGGCUCCGGAAAGACUCUUCGGCUGAUAAACGGGCUGUUUGAGACAAACACAUUUACUUAUCACAGUUUUGUAAAUUCCCCCAGUGCAUCUGAUCUCAAUAACCCUGAUGACCUUUUUCCGUGGAUCAGUUUGCUUGAUGCACAAACUAAAGACACUCCAUUGACUGAUUUGGUGUUGAGGGAUAAAGGUUUGCGAGACUGCAUUUCAGUUAUGUACUACAAUGUAUUCUCAAACUUAGCAGAAGUAUAAGACAUAAUUUUGUUCAGUUCAAUGAAACAGCAAUUAAAUUGUGCAACAUUUAAA